AUGUCACGCUCCCGAGCUCUCGCUGUUCUACAGAAGACGUACGAUGACAGCUAUUUGAAGUGCUCGACUGCUGUCUACUACGAAAGCCAGGGCGACGAGAGCGAGGCGAUGCGAUGCUGGAAGAAUGCCUUGGAACAGAUUUAUGAUCAACACGUUACCAAGCUGCUACCCAACUAUGUGGCUAGAUCCGAGACGGAGGAAGCCUUGAUAGAUUCCUUGCGUCAACUAGAGCUCCAGUGCAAAGAGCGCAUUGACCUGCUUGAAGCGUUACGGAUAUCCCGACAAGACGCCGCCAUGACAACCCAAAACUCCAACGCUGUACCGCCGCUAUCAACCUCUCCCGAGCCGUCACAUGUGUCGACACCGGAACGAGGCUGGAUCGGCCAAGGGACAGUCCCGGCUAUCAGGUACCCUGAGCUUUCGCGGCCCGCACUGCCCAAACGCCCUUCCAUGGCCACAAGAACGUCGUCAGACCAUGCCGCAGUUGGACGCGGCCAGAGUCCUUCCAAUACACCACCCUUUAUCGGUCCCGUGUUACCCCCCGGCACGGUUUCCACAAAAGAGCAGGCAAUGCGAUCACCAAGUCCUGAGAAAUAUACCAUGCGGACCACUUUGAGAUCGGGCAAAUCCGGGGAGAAGACGCCCAAAUCGAGCCGGAAGUUAUCAAAGCCUGAAGGCCCUGGCGCGAGCAAAGCAGCCACUUUGGCUUGGAGCGCUAUCAGCUCCCGAGACCGGUUUUCAAGGACUCCCCAAGUGAUCUCAGAGCCUUCGUCUUCUACGCUGCCGUUAGCUACGCCCCCAGAGCAACCACGCAAGCCUUCUCCCGCCGCUACCCAGUGGGAUGUCCACACCCGUAGGCUUGUCACACCUCGAGAAUUGCCCUCGACAUCCACGGACACGCUUAGCAGCGUGCGAAACUCAGAAGAUCUUUCAUACGCCCGCCCUUCUGCGCUAUCUGUCAGUGCCGCGUCAAGUGCUUUGAAUGCCAUGUCUGUCCAGGAUACAUCCCCUGUGGAACAAAGCACGCCAAAGCAAGAAAGGUUGUGGCGAUCCAAAGACCACCCCUCUUCGGUCCCACGAAGCAGGAUAUCUCCACACAAUCGAACCACUUCACCGGAUGCAGACGAUCUAGCUUUGCGGCGCAAAAGCUCUUCAGAUGUCACCAAAAUUCGGAGGAAACCUGUUGCUGAUACGAUCAACCGGUCAGCUCGACAAAUCGCUAGUUUCUCCGAACAGGAUAGAGUGACCCGAUUCCGCCGCCAAACCCAACAGCCGCGGAGAAACUCGUCGGCCAGUUGUUCUGAUGACACUGCAGCGACCCCGAAACUCCCCGAGAAAAGGCGCAAGGGCAAGCACAAGGAAGACGCGCUAGUAGCUGACGCUGGCGUAGGUUCGUCAGAAGAUUCUGUUGAAGAUGACAGCGAGAGGACGGCUGCGAAGGCUGUCUGGAAAGAGAAGAAGAAGCGGAUGUUGAAAAAUCUGCCCGCCGGGGUCGACGAGACGGCCGCGAAACAGAUUCUCAAUGAGAUAGUUGUUCAGGGCGACGAAGUUCACUGGAACGACGUUGCUGGGCUCGAAAUAGCCAAGAACGCGCUGAGAGAGACGGUGGUGUAUCCAUUUUUGCGUCCGGACUUGUUCAUGGGGCUUCGGGAGCCCGCGAGAGGCAUGCUGCUUUUCGGUCCUCCCGGGACAGGAAAGACUAUGCUGGCUCGAGCUGUGGCAACAGAGUCCAAGUCGGCAUUCUUCUCCAUAUCUGCUAGCAGUCUGACAAGCAAGUAUCUUGGCGAAUCGGAAAAGCUUGUACGAGCGCUGUUCAGUUUAGCAAAGGCAUUGGCACCAAGCAUCAUCUUUGUCGAUGAAAUCGACUCGCUACUAUCGCAACGAUCUGGGUCAGGAGAACACGAAGCGACGAGGCGGAUCAAAACCGAAUUUCUGAUUCAGUGGAGUGAUCUGCAGCGUGCUGCUGCUGGAAGAGCGGUCGAUGAAAAGGACGUCAAUCGGGGCGAUCCCAAUCGUGUUCUCGUUCUAGCGGCAACCAAUUUGCCCUGGGCCAUUGACGAGGCUGCCCGCCGCAGGUUUGUUAGACGUCAAUACAUACCACUACCCGAACCGAAGACCCGCUCCACGCAACUUCGGACACUUUUGGGUCAGCAGAAGCAUAGCCUUACGGAUCACGACAUUGAAAAACUCAUUGACCUAACAGAUGGCUUUUCCGGAUCUGACAUCACAGCUUUGGCCAAGGACGCGGCAAUGGGCCCCCUUCGAUCCUUGGGCGAGGCGCUGCUAACUAUGACGAUGGAUGAAAUCCGACCCAUUGGGCUUGCGGACUUUGAGGCAAGUCUGACCACGAUUCGGCCAAGCGUGAGCAAGGCAGGAUUGAAGGAAUAUGAAGAUUGGGCGAGAGAGUUUGGAGAAAGAGGCGGGUAA